AUGGCCCUGCCCUGUCGGCAACUGCUCGCUGCCGUCUGCCCCACCUCCGUCUUCCACGUCAUCGACACGUGGGUGACAGCACCGGACGCUGCCACCAGUGGAACCUCGGUCAACGCGGUCAACGGGCCAAGGCAGGAUCCGAGCGCUGGCCCCUGGUCACUGGCGCUCACUAAGGGCGGGGGGUUUGCGCCCGCGACGGGCGGAAGCGGGGGACGGGAGGAGGUCCUGCGCAGGCUUGGGGGCGCGCUUGGGGGGAGCGGGGUUGGGCAGGUGGGAGAAGGGAAUGCGCGCGGCAGGGGCAUUUCCGGAACCGCUGCGCCUGCAGGCGUCCCCCAGCCGGUUUCAGAGGUGUCUGGCGCAGAGGCGGAAGUAGGCGCAGCGGGAGGCGCAGAUGCAGGAGCAGCGGAGGGAUCAGUUGCGUGGGGAGCAGAAGCGGAAGUAGAAGUGAAGGCGAAGGUGGGGGGGCAGGCAAUAGCGGAGGACACGGAGCCUAUGUGGACGUUAGAUUUGGACCCCAUCCGACGUGGCUCGUUCCGAUUAGGCCAGCUACAGCGCGCUCAGGGUCAGAGCAGCAGCAACCUGAAGGAGGGUUUAAGCGAGAGCAUUAGGGUUUCUGGGGGCGAUUUUAGCAGCACCAACUGGGAAAAACUGGUGGCGGAACGAUUCUCAGAUCCGCAGCGCGCCGAGCCGAGUUCCAGCGGCAGGGUUUCGGGUUCAGGGGUGAGGGGGAGAGGAGGGGAGGGAGGCGGGGAGUGCGGGGACGGCGCAAGGCAGCAGUGUUUGGUUGGCGGAAAGGAGCAGCGGAGACAGCAGCAGCGGCAGCGGCAGCAGCAGGUGCAGCUGGCGCAGCAGCGGCACUACACAGAUUCCGCGCUUGGCGGAAUCUUUUCCGCUGCGCCAUCAUCCUCAUCAGCGGCGGCAGUGUCUUCCGCCGCUGGCGGCGCAGCUGCCGCGAGCGCGCACGAGGCGCUGGAGCGCGGGGACGGGCGCGGGGGCAUGCCGGUGGCGGAAGAAGCGCUGUGGCGCGCGCGGGUGGCGGAGCUGAUGCGCGUGGCGCUGGAGGAGGUGGAGGAGCGGCGCAGCAAGCUGAAGGUCCGCGCGGAGGACGAGGAGAGGCAGAGACAGCGCGAGGUAGAGGCGUUCAAGAAGGCGGCGGAGGAGUACCGGCGGGAGCAGCAGGAGAUGAUGAAGAAGCGCAUGGGCCCGCGCACGGGCAUGGGGAAACAGCUCAUGUCGCAGUGGUUCGCGCGCCUCAAGAGCGCCGUGCUGGAGGAACGCGCGCGCUAUGAGACCGGGGGGGAGCGCGCGCCGUCCAGCAGUGCUGCCAGCGGCGGCAGCAGCAGCAGUGGGAAGAGUAGAGGUGGGGGAACGGGGGUUGGUCAGCUGACGAGCGCGGACCGCGCGUUACAGGUGUUUGGGGACUUUCUGGUGAAGGUAGACGCGGAGAAGCUCGCAGCCAUCACCCUGAACCGCACUGUGGACCUGCUACUAUCGGAGCAGGUGCGCAUGGCGCGCGGCAGGGACGGCGCGCAGGGGCAGCGCCAGGGGGGAUUCGGCGGGGGCGCGGGGGGCGCGGGCGGGGGUGGGGGCGGGGGCGGGGUGCGGGGGGAGACGGAGAAAGGGCACAAGUCGUUUGCGAAGGCUGUGUCUCUGGCGACGCAGAUUGGGAAGGCUGUGGAGGUGGAGAUGAACCUGGCGCGCGUGCAGGAGGAGGUGAGGCGGAGCAUGCGCGUGCUCAAGAAGAAGCAGCGCCAACAGGCUGCUAGAGACGCGGAGCAGGCGGAGGCAGGCGCGGAGGCUGCGGACGGGGGAGGAGCAGCAGGGGGAGGAGCGGUGGAAGGAGCCGUGGGAGGAGCAGGGGCGGAGGGCGCGGGGGUGAAGGGGAAGGGGAAGGGGAAAGCGGGGAAGGGGGGCGGGGGCGCGGGGGAGGCGGGGGCGGGGGCGUUGGCGGGGGCGGGGGAGGCGGAGGUGGAUAUGGAGCGCAUGGCGCAGCAGAGGGACGUGCUGCGGAAGCUGAGGAAGGAGAGCCAGCUGUCGGAGUGGCAGAAGAAGCGGCUUGUAGCGGCGGCUGUAGCGCAGGCGCAGGAGCCGUGGAGCACGGAGCAUUAUGUCCAGGUGGGGUCGUGCCUCAUCCAGCUGCUGCUGCAGUCCGCUCACGUGCCCAAGUCGCUGCUGACGGGGAAGAAGAAGGGGGAUGGGGAAGGGGAUAGUGGUCCAGACGGCGGAGCAGCGAAGGGAAAGAAAGAAGGCGAGGGUGUGAGUGAGGGGAAGAAUGGUGCGGCGGAGGGGGGUGCGGCAGAGGAGGAGUUUGUGCCGGCGUUUGUGAUGGAUCGAGUGAAACUGGGCACUGGCGGCGCGCAUCAGCGGUACGGAGUGGUGGCAUGCGCCACAGAGCUCAGUGACAUUCUUGACAACUUCGUAAGACGCCAUGCCUUAGAACAACACAAUGACAAGAUGGGUCGUGUGCCUCUCCUUCAAAUGUGUGCGGCAGUGACAAGAUGGGUCGUGCGUAUCUAA